AGUAUAGAAUUUGGUGACAUCGUGAUUCUAGCGAAUGAUGAUUGAUUGAUUGAAAAAAUGAAGAGCCCGUUCAUGAAGUAAUAUCAUCAGCGUCCAAUGCAAUUGCUUCAUGUUGUGUGAUCUGAGCCCGAGUCGAACUAUAUUUUGUAAAAAUUUUAUUCAGAUCAAAUUAAAGUUGUUAAAAGUCAUUAGCAGUUGCGUUCACGCCUCUCAUCCAAACGCCGUCACUGCGGCCGUCUCCCGAGGCGGCUCGACCCAACGUGGGCCUGAAUCAGGCUUGAAACGCCUGCUCGAGGAUCCCAUGAUUAGAAGAGAUACAAGAGAAGAAAGGAAGAAGGAAAGAGAUGGUGAAGCUGCCGGGUCUGCGACCACAGCUAGUGCCGCUCGUCUACUUGUUUGUGAUCGUGGUCGAGGGGGUCGGAUUCAACAUAUCUGCGGUCACGGUCCAGGGGUUGGGAUUCAAGUGCGCCACCGCCGGCACCUGCAAGGGUCUGGUGGGUUACAGGCCCCUGAACGCGACCACCCUCAAGGAGAUCUCGUCCCUGUUUGGAUUAGAUCCGUACACUGGCCUCCUUUCGACCACGCCUCCAAGCCAAACGGUCUCCGCCCAACACACGAUCAAGGUGCCCAUCACCUGCCAAUGCCAGGACGGCAUCGGCCACUCGGACAACAAGUACACCGUCAAGCCAGGCGAUACUCUCGACUAUAUUGCUACCAGCGUCUUCGCGAGGCUCGUCGAUCCCAAGUCCAUCGCGGCCGUCAGCGGCAGCAACGAUCUCUCCAAGACGAGCCCCGGCCAGGUGCUGUCGAUUCCGCUGCCCUGCAGCUGCGACCGCGUCGAUGGCUCUCAGGUGACGCAUUAUGCUCUCGUCGUGAAGAAGAACGACACUCUGAGGAGCAUCGCCGAUGAGUAUCACGUCACUAUGGCCCAAUUAGAGAACCUCAACAACGUGAGCAGCAACGCCCCUAUCGUCGCCGGACAGGUCCUCGAUGUCCCUCUUCCUCUUCCUUCACAAGAUGCCAACUCGACAAUUACCAACGGGACCUCCCCUACUGGUGCAGGGAAGAAAAACUCACAGCUCAUAAUCAUCUUAUCAUGUACCUUAGUCGUGGUUCUGUGUGCGGCUGUUGGGACUUACUGUUUCUGGAGGUGGAAAAGGAAAACAUCAGCUGCUCAAGAAAGAUAUCACUCUGAUGCAAUUUAUCUUGGAAAAGGAGCAAAUGAAAGUGACGACCCUGAGUUACCACUGUUUAAAUUAGGAGUUAUCAUGGAAAUAACCAACAGCUUUUCUGAAUCAAAUAAGCUUGGACAAGGGGGCUUUGGUCCUGUUUAUAAAGGUACGCUAGCAGGGGAGCAGGAUGUGGCAGUGAAGAGGCUAUCUCAGGGCUCAAAACAAGGCUAUGAGGAAUUCAUGAAUGAAGUCAAGCUUAUAGCAAAGCUUCAGCAUAAAAAUCUGGUUCAGCUUUUAGGUUGCUGCGUUGAAAGAGAAGAGAGGAUAUUGAUCUAUGAGUACAUGCCCAACAAAAGCUUGGACAAAUUUCUUUUUGAUCCAACUCUGAGCAAGCAGUUGGUUUGGGAGAAACGCUUUGAGAUCAUGGUAGGGAUUGCUCGGGGACUUCAAUAUCUCCACCAAGAGUCAUGCCUCAAAGUGAUACACAGGGACCUCAAAACCAGCAACAUUCUGCUUGAUGGUUCUUUGAACCCAAAAAUUUCAGACUUUGGCCUAGCCAGAGCACUUGCUGGUGAUCACACUCAAGUGAAUACCCACAGAGUGGUCGGAACCUAUGGGUACAUGCCUCCAGAAUAUGCCAUGGAAGGUCGCUACUCCACCAAAUCUGAUGUCUUCAGCUUUGGGGUCAUAGUUCUGGAGAUAGUGAGUGGGCAGAAGAUGACUACCUUCCACAAUGUGGAGUACUCCCUCAAUCUUCUCGGACAUGCAUGGAAACUGUGGAAUGAGGAAAGGGUGGUGGAAUUGCUUGACCCAACACUAGACAAUUCGUGCCACAUAGAUCAGGUGAUGAAGUGCAUCAACGUGGGUCUUCUCUGUGUUCAAGCAGAUGCAGCGGACCGCCCCACUGUGCCUUCCAUUGUUCUUAUGCUGAGCAAUGAUUCGGCUGUCCUGCCUGAACCGAAACAGCCAGCCUAUUCUUACCGAGGCAAACUUUUAGAAGCGAGUUCAUCUUCUAUAGAAAGCGACCCUAAAUCAUACACAGGCAGUGGACUCACAGUUACAGUGUUGGAAGCCCGAUAAACUUGUGAACAGAACUCUCCUAUUCAUUUCUCGCUCUUUAGAACGAGCUAGACCAAUAAAACUGUGACCACUUGAGCAAAUACAGAAGAUAGGUGCUUGAUGUAAUUUGGGUUGAAAUGACUUUGUUUCACCUUUUAGCUUGCAUAGAGCCAGACUGUAGAAGCAUUUAUGCACAGAAAAAAGGGCUCCACCCAGGCGGUCCGUUACGCUGGAAAGCAGGAAAAGAUGAGGCAAAUAGAUGGACGAGCGCGCACUUAGAACCUCCACCUUCGAUGCUGUGGACUUGGAGGGCGUUUGCCGUAAUUCUUCGUUAACUGUUUAUAGUACAGCUUUCGCCUUUGUUCCAAUUUUCAUGGCGGUGGGACUAAUUUUUUUGUUGCCUUAGUGGCUGAUUUAGGUCUAUGCAUGUAAUGUAUUUGUUUCUACAACCUGGAGAAUCCCCCCACUGUUGUCCUUUUUAUUUGGUGGGAAGGUUUGAACCUUUAAACUUCUAAUGAGAAUGCGACCUUAAGAAAGUUGAAAUAAAUUUUGUUUAUUGCCAA